AUGUACAACAUAACAAACAAUCGGGAUGCAUUACUUCUCUCUGACCUUGAGGAGGCCAUCGAGCUGUAUCAGGUUGCAUUACUCCUCUAUCCCCCCGGUCAUUCAGAUCAACCCUUACCUCUAAACAAUCUUGCAAUCAGCCUUCGAGACAGAUUCCGGCAGCAUGGAAUCAUGUCUGACCUUGAUAAAUCCAUGAAGCUGCAUCGGGAUGCAUUACUCCUCUGUCCCCACGGUCAUCCAGAUCGAUCCUCGUCUCUGAACAAUCUUGCUGCCAGCCUUCAAGAUGAAUUCCUGCAGCGUGGGACCAUGUCUGACCUUGAUGAAGCCAUUGAGCUGCAUUGGGAUGCAUUACUCCUCCAUCCCCCCAGUCAUGCAGAUCAAUCAUCAUCUCUGAAAAAUCCCACAAGCAGCUUUGAGACAGAUUCCUGCAGCGCCUCAUCUCUGAACAAUCUUGCACUCAGCCUUCGAGAUAGAUUCCACCAGUGCGGUGUCCAGUCUGACCUUCAUGAAGCAUUUAGCUUAUAUUCUCAACUCUCCCACCUGUCACAUGUAGCAUCUCGCACAGAUCUUGAUGUUGCUGAAUCAUGGGUGGCCUUCGCUGACACCCUCAAUCACGCAUCUGCAUUGCUUGCCUAUAAGACUGCACUGAAAUUCCUGGAUCAGCAGGUUGCUCUCUUGUCACCUUCUUUCCAUCAUUUCAACGUCAUCAGAAAGGCUGUCUCUUCCCUUGCCACAGAUGCCUUUUCAUGCAGUGUUCAUCAUCAUGCUCUGACGACUGCGGUGGAACUGGUGGAGCAAGGUCGUGCAGUGUUCUGGACCCAGUUGGCACACUUCAGCACACCACUGGAUGAACUUUCUGUUUCAGGUGAUACCGGUUCUACUGAAGACCAGUCUCCGCAAAUUCAGCAACUCACCAUGCAAUGGGAUGACGUGGCUUCACGGAUCUGUAUGCUUCCCGACUUUCCUUGGUUUCUCUUGCCUCCCCUUUUCUCCGACCUCCAGAAGGCAGCUGAAGAUGGUCCUGUCAUCAUUGUCAAUGCUAGUCAGCACUGCUGCGAUGCCUUGAUUGUCCUCAGCAACCAAAAUCCUGUCCACGUUCCGAUUGAUAUCACGCAGACCGAAGUUGCUGAUUUGUCUUCUGAGUUUCGGUCCCUUUCAAAAGAAUUUGGUUCUCUUGAUACUCGACUCAAGCUUGUCAGCAUCCUUCGCAAACUUUGGGAUGGCGUCAUUGGCCCCAUAGUACAAGCCCUUAGGGUAUCAAAUAUUCGCCCUGGUUCGCAUAUCUGGUGGUGUCCCACUGCUGAGUUCACGCUGCUUCCUCUACAUGCAGCAGGAGCUUAUGAGAAGAAGAGAGAUCAUUUGUCUCAUAUGAUUAUCUACAUCUCCUCAUACACCCCCACUUUGGCGACACUUCAUCAGGAAACCGGCGGGAAAAAGGUUUUUGUAGAUACAAAUAGCAACAUCAGAUCACAUGUCUACUGGAUUAUAUCCAAAGGCAAAGCAAUAUAUAAUCAUAACACGAUGGCAUCAAAGGACAAGAAGUUGCAAGAACAAGCCAAACUUGAUGAAGGAUUAUGUGUCCCAACAACUAUGAUAUACAAUAGAUAA